AGUCUAGUAGGUCGUAGCUUCACUUGAUCACACGCUUUCUUGUUCCUGCGCCUUGAAUUCGGUUUCCCUUGAUCGUUUUAAAUAUGAAUCUUUGUUUGGAUCUAUUGAACACGUGAAAUCAUCCUUGUUUCUGAAAUCCCUUUCAAAUUUAACCAACUCCGUCUCCUAUCCUAUCAUCAUCAUCACCCAAAACACCUUGAAUGAAGAACAUGAGCUCUAUCACACCUAAGUUGUCUUCUAAAUCUCAAACCCAACGACCUGCUCUUGCUUGUCUCAAUAUUCCAAAUCAUCCGUACAAGAACGAGGAGACAGAUUCUUCAAGGUUCAUAAACUCUCUAGAAAGUUUACACGGUAUCUCAAUACUUCAACCAAACCCACCAUCUCGCAGGCCGAUGUUAUAUUUAUUUCCACGAGGUGAUCCUGAAGCACCAUUCGUACCACUUUCUACUAGACUUACCUUUAAGAUUCCUGUCAAGCAAGUUGGAGAGAGUGACUCAGAUUCAUCAAGUAUGUAUCCUAGUACGGAGGAGGAGGAGGAAGAAGAUGAUGAUGAAAAAAACAUGGGUGGAUUAGAUUUUAAAGAAUCCACUAAACUUUUAGAUUCUUCAGCUAUUCAGACUUCAAAAAUAAAAGGUAUAUUGAAAAACUCAAAACAUACCCCUAGACUCACAACAAGCCCAUCCAGUCCCGCUUCUUCACUGGAUUCAAGCUCUGCUAUCUUAUCUCCCGAAUCUAUGAUCAGCGUUCCAAAAGUCAGAAUAGUAGAACCCCUCGACGUAUUAGGAGAGUUAAAUGAACUAAGAAAAUCGUUAAUGUAUGAAUACGAAGGUAAACCGACACUCGCAAAAAAGAUUGAUAAACCUUUACCAGCUUCUCCAAAGCUUGGUUUGAAGAAAGGUGUGACGGUCAAAUUAGUCGUUAAAGCUUAUCAACGUACACCUCCGGCCACUAGUUCAAAAGCUAGGAUCAGAUGGAUCUCAUCUCGUGGUCUUGCUCUUAAAUCUAUUGAUGACUCUCGCUCUGUCAAACUUCAAUCCGAUCAUGCUGAGCUUGACUCAUCCGAACAUCUCACUUAAUCCGACUUCUUCAAAAAAUGUGUCUCGGAUGACCAAGCAGGAAAAAAUUUCAAGAAACUUUUCUUCCAACAAUCCUUUUGUACUUAUCCCAAAAAAAUCAAAAAUUAAAUUUCUUCAAUCUUAUCUUUCUCAUCUAUGUACAUUCAUUUGGUUUCCAAUACUUUUUUCUCACACCUUUCGGAUCAAGGUUGAUCCUUUGUAUUUUUAUAAGUUCAAGCCGUUUUCAAAACCCUAUUCCAUCUUACUGGAUCAACAUCAAAAUGAUUACGAAUGAUUAUCUUAUCAUUGAGUCUAUAAAUCGCACGACCGGAAACCAACUUUGCAAAAAAGAAUGAUCAGAAAUGAUCAUGGAGAGUAGUUCAUGAUUUACUUGUUAUUUCUUUCACAAAACUUAAGAUGAUAUUGUGUAGCCUGGAUGACAUAAGCUUUGGGCGUCAAAAGAAAACUCUCAUCAGAUGUUGGUAUUAUGCUUCAUUGUCUUGUCUGGAAAUUUGUGUUAUCAUAAAUAGUGGUCACCAUUUUCCUGUUGUUUGUCAAAAACUUGCUCGAAGCUCAGGAGAGGUAUGUUAAGAAUUGUGAAAUAUGAUUUCAAGCGUGUCACUGUC